CCUCUUCCCAACCCCAGCUGAUGCUCGCGCCCUGUCAAUUUCUAUUCUGAGAGGAAGAGUUGAGGAAGGGGGAAAAUAAAACAAGAGGGUCUGCGGGGGUAGCAGUUAAAAUAUCCAUGGGUGGUUGUGUGGGCAGUCACCAUGAUUCUUCAGGCAGUUUAAACGAAAAUUCUGACGGAACUGGAGUGGCUCUGGGGCGUAACCAGGCCUUGAAGAGAGAGAAGCCCAAAUGGAAGAGUGACUACCCCAUGACAGACGGCCAGCUGCGCAGUAAGAGGGAUGAGUUCUGGGACACAGCGCCGGCCUUCGAGGGCCGCAAGGAGAUCUGGGAUGCCCUGAAGGCAGCUGCCCAGGCCUUUGAGAGCAACGACCAUGAACUGGCUCAAGCAAUCAUCGACGGAGCCAGUAUCACCCUUCCCCAUGGCGCGCUGACGGAGUGUUACGACGAGCUGGGCAACCGCUACCAGCUGCCCGUCUACUGCCUGGCCCCACCCGUCAACAUGAUCGAGGAGAAGAGUGACCCGGAGAACCCGGAGGUCAGCGAGCCGCCCCCCAGCGAGGGACAGGAGUGCCAGCUGCGCCUGCGCCUCUCCACGGGCCGAGACCUGCGCCUCGCCGUGAGGACCACGGACACGGUGCAGCACAUGAAGCGGCGGCUGCAGGCGGUGGAGGGCGUGGCGGCGGCCACCCAGCGCUGGUUCUUCUCGGGCCGGCCCCUCACGGACAAGAUGAGGCUGGAGGAGCUGAAGAUCUCCCGGGACUACGUGGUGCAGGUGAUCGUCAGCCAACCGCCCGCCCCCCUGCCCACCCCGCCGCCAGCCUCACCCAGCUCCGCGCCCGCCACGCUGCCACAGGACCCCACGCCCGUGGAGAACUAGAGCCUGGCACCCCUGAGCAGAAAGGACCACCCGGGGGGUAUUCCGGCUUGUUUCAUUGGGAGGGAUGGGAAGUGUGUGUUUGUGUUGAUCCAUCUAUAAGUCGUUUGUGUGUGUGUGUGUGUGUGUGAGCUAAAAGGGUUAAGCACAUCCGCCUGACAAGGGCCUGGAGUACGACUGGAGAACAACAAGCUGAGCCGUGACACCGGGUGGUCUUAGAAAAUGUUCGCCACAGUGUGUGCCCUCCCUUUCUUUUGCUCGCCCCCCUUGACAGAGUGUUUCUGCAGGGCAUGCUGGGAAAGCAGAAGGGCCGUGUCUGUGUCUCAGCCGGAACAGAUCGCCUCCGCGACUGACGACAAGCAACCAGGAGCAGGAAGAGACUACACCACAGGACAGGACCACCUGCUAAACUGGCUUUUAACAAAUCAACCUUUUUCAAAAACUCUUUAAAAAACUGUUUUUAGUGCAAACUGAACAACCAAAAAAAAUUAUAGAAAAACCUGUAAGGAACUUAACGAUGUCAUUUGUAAAUGUUUCUGCUCUUGUUUUAACUGCUGGUUGCUUUGAGGCCUCAUCCAUGUCCAGGAUGAAUUUGGUGUUGAUUUGGAGAACUGGGCACUCGUCCCUGAGCCCCCGACAUAUCGAACGCUUCUCCAUCUCUGCCGUAGCUUCUAGUCAGUCAGAUGUCAGGCCUUUCUAUUGCUCUGUUUAUUAUGCACCCCACCUUUAAUCGUUUCUACCUGUAGCCUCUUUCUACAGACCUUAACUCAUGUAGCUCAUCCGCACGUUUCAAUCUUCUUAAGAACAGGUCAGAGUACUAUGGAUGAAUCACAUGCUCUGGCCUGCCUCUAGGUCCCUGUCGGGGGUUGUAGAGUUAGUAGGCCGCCACCUGCUUCAAAUUAGUUACCUUUCUUAUUAUUCAGCAAACAUCAGAUCAUGUAACCGUGACGAUCACUCUCCUGUGUCCCAUCUGCACCUGGCAUUUGCUUGAGAUAUGAGCCAGUUGUUACCAGUGCAGAACAAAAAAAAAAAAAAAGGAGAAUGUUGUACCCGCUGAAUGUGCUGGGAUGAAGUGUCAUGGCGACGUAUUUAAUGGCACUGUGUUUAGAUAUUCUGCUUCACUGUACUUUAAGAAACUUAUCAGAGCAAUGUAUUUAGCAUUGGGUAACCCUUUUGUGCGCGGGUUUUGGUGUGCAUGUGUGAGUGAGAGAAAUAGAGAGAAAGAGCCUUUGGAUACACAGCUAUGGUCUUGUGUCCCAAAUCUUCUGUUUACAGGAGCCAGAGUGUAGGACAGAAGGUGUCCAGAACCUUAGCAGGUCUCUGGGGUUGCAUACCAAGUUACACCUGAGGUCUUCUACUCUGCGGUAGCUAUUCAGACGGACUUAACUCUUUUGCAUCAUUGUUUGUAUGAGUGUGUGUUUUUAAGGCACAUUGAGACGUAUCCAUUGAAAAUGAAUUUCAGAAACCCAGUUGCAUAUUUUGAUGAAAUAGAAUGUUUUUAAUUAAAUUGACCAACAUUUGUACUCCUCAAUUUGUGUUUCUCCCUUCAUUGGCUCUGUUCUUGGGAAGAGAAUGUCCUCCUGAGGUUUGUAUAAUACAAUAUUAUUAUUAUUAAAAAUGAAUAGCCAAAUUACAUGGAAUGAGUAAUGUUUGAAAAACUGAAACAGCCUUUUUGGAAAACAGAUUUCUAUGAUCCAACUUUUUAAGCUGAACAGUUAUCCAUAUUAUCCAAGAUGUGAAAGGCACAAACUGAAAACUAGUUGAGGCUUACAUUUUUAUUUUUCACGACAUGCCUUAUACAUACAGUCACAGCAAAAAAGUUAUUACAUUCCUUGGGAAGUUUUGUUACAUGUUUGGACACGUGAACAUGUAAUAUACACUUUGACACAUAAAGUUUGCCUCAUUUAACAGACACUGAAAGAUUAUACUUUGCAAUAAUUUAGUAAUACCAGAAUUCAAUAUGGCCUCAAUCUCCUCAAUUUUCCUGUACAAUAUCGACUUCUUGGGUGACUCCAAGAUGACAAGUAUGCCAGCCCCUGAGACCGGAAAAGUAGCCCCACACCAUAAUGCCACUCCUCCAGACUUUACAGCUGGAAUGAUGUACCUCUGUUCAAAGUCAGUGUGUUGUAUUUGCCAAACAUCAUCUGUACAUGUAUGUACUUCAAAUUGCUUGGUAAUGGCUUUGUAACCCCUCCAAGACAUGGACAUCAAUAAUCUUUCAUAUGAAGACCUCUUAUAAGUCUUUGGAUCUUGGCAUGAUGUGUUACCACGUCAGACCAAACUAAGCUAAGUUUCUUAUCUUUAUGGAAGGCUGGACCUUCCCAAGCUACUCUGUAAAGAUUUUCUAAUCAUUUGCACCAGUUUUCGUGCACCCUUUAUUCUAAUUAUAGCCAUUUUGUGUUAUGUUAAAUGUAGGGUGUAUUAACUUUUUCCACAUAAGCGAAUCUAAUUUCUGUUUAUUUUAACUGCAUAAAUGUUUUGAUUUGUUUAAUUGGGUUACCUUCGUCAAUUCCAAUAUGAUUGGAAUUUUGGUCAAAUAUAAGUGUCCAAAUAUGUAAAAAAAAAAAUAAUUAUAAAAAAAGCAACAAAAAUAAAAGAGAACUUUCCAGAUGUUGUACUUACUUUUACUCAUGACUACAAUUAUAUGAUUUUUAAUGUCUCAGACUGUCAAUUGUUAACCAUCAUUCGAACUGUGGCCGGUAUUAUUAGGAAAAUAAAGGUACCUUCCUAAUGUCAAAACCAUUUUUCCUACUGGCCAUCACACAGACUAAUGUUCCUAGUCAGAGCACACUGUGUCAUGGCACACAUUUGUGUUUUAUUUCUUAGCAUCGUCUUGUGGCAGUUUGGUGCUACAAUAAAGAAGUUGAUGACUGUAAGAUAUUUCUUAGUGGUUGGUUCAGAUCAUGUGACUCUUAGGUCAGAGGUUAACCAGGAAUUAACUCAGUGUUCCAGUUUCUUCCAUGCGGUUGGACAUCAAGGCAUCGCUCUGUUUCUUUUACGUUUUAUGCCUCGGAAAGGCUUUGCCUGUUAGUUUGUUACCUUUGUUCAAUGUUUGCAUGUAUGUGUAUAUAUAUAUAUAUAUAUUCGAAAUGCAUUAGUUUGAGUUAAAGAAAACAAACUUUUCAACAGUGAUGGCAAUUUGUUAACAACGACACUAAGCAGAGCUGAUUGUAACUUUUGGAAUAUGUGCUCAGAGAAUAUUGUAAAUGUAUUUGUGUUAAUUUUGAGAACAUGUUGUAACCAGACAUUUGUUAUAUUUGUAUAUUCCAGUUUUACAAAAAAGAGAAAGAAGAGGAAAGACUAUUACAGUAAAACGUUCAACUUUA